ACAUCUUGAUCCAGUGAUACCGCUACAGUCGGUCGGUGACGUCAAUACAGCCUGGCCUGACCUUAGUUGAUAGAUUCUCACUUUUUUGUUUGAAUAAUUGAAUUAAACAAUCUUAUAGUGUCCUUUUGUUUAUGGCUUAGGCUCUCUGUUUCCAGAUGACCGUGUCGAGUCUUUUGAAUAUUGUCUUCAAUUUUAAAAACAUCAAAUGCCAGCGUUAUCCAAAUGUUAAGUGUUAUGUGAUUUGCUAAGAGUAUACCUAAUUGAAGCUACGGUUAUCAUGCAGUCAUGACCAGUAGGUGGUAAUGGACAUUAUAACAAGUUUUUCAAAAUAAAAUAAUGGAUAAUGAUGAAGCUGGAUUAAUGCCGAUUACCGAUGAUGAGUCAAUAUCAGAAAUUGAAGAACAAUGUCUUCCAGUCAACAAGUCCGUUAAUCGAAAUAACCACAAUUUCACAUAUGUGGAACAUACUAAGACCGAAUUUGUUAUAUUCAAAUUAACAUUAAUUUUUUCUACAUUAGCGGUGGUUAUUUUAUUUCCACUUUAUUUAAAAAAUGUUAGUCUUGCUGGAAAUGUUUACAGCUUAUUACUAACAAAUACCGUACUUUCUGCAGGAGUAUUUAUUUUAGGAUCGGUUUUUUUAAAAUUAUUAUUUUUUAAAUUUGAAUAUACUGGAAUUUUAAAAUUACCGUUCUCAAAAUUAAAAUUAUUUAAAAUCACUUUAAUAUAUUUUUCAUGUGCUGCUGCAUUAGCAUAUGCAUUAGAUCAAAAAAGAGUUGAUUGCCACUUUCAGGAUCCUAUGAAAGCUCUUGUACUUCUCUUCGCAUUUUUAUAUUAUUUUUUCGUUUGUGAGAGAUUUAUGUGCCUUCGGCGGAUAUUUUCUACAACUAUAAUCAUCACUGGACUAUUUGUUGCUUUAGAUUAUAGCUUGUGUAAUAAAUUUAAAUGCAGGGGAUAUGAAAUUCAACAUACGUCCGAUGACUCAGGCAACUGGUCAAAGCAAACUCAUGCAGUAUGGACAUCAGUUUAUAUUAUAGGGCUAGCACUGUUCGCAGCGUUCUUUACUGUUCUAGAACAAAUUCUUUUUAAAGUUAAGAAAGCGAUACCAGGUCUCUGUACAGUUUCUUCUUCAGUUUCUACAAUGAGCGUUUCCUCUUCAGUUACAGAACUUGAACAAAUAAAUGUUUGUAAAAAGAUCAGUUCAGUUCAGUUAGUAAUGUGGUUGCACAUUUUUGGCAUACUGAUAGUGGGGAGUUUGUUUUGGAUCGAGUUUAUUCCACAAAUAGGAAAGGGAUCUAACGCGAAAGAAGUUGUAAACAAUACAUUUAACGGAAUCCAUUGUCACUUUUCAAAUGAAGUAGACUGUAGAAAUACAACAAUAAUUUCAUGGUUAUUUUUGUUCUCAUACACGGGAUUUGUUGCUGCAUCAAUUCAUUUUUUAAUAUUGACACAGUCUGCUGUAUACACUGUAGCCACAAUGUCGACAGCUCUACCUUUAGCUGCAGUGUGGUGGUCAUUUGUUCAGAUGGUGCCAACAGAAAAUGAUUUAGUGAUAUGGAAACCUUCCAUUACCGGAGAUUUAAUUUCAUCGCUUCUCGGCCUCCCGAUAGUAACAUUGGGACUAUACUUUUGGUAUAAAGCACAUAUGAAAGAUUGCCAGCAGUUUUCAAGGAUAAGUCAUCUUUCUAUACGAGGAAAUCUAAUUACUUAAUUCGUCGUAUGCUAUAUGGCUUUCGGCUAGUUAUUUCAACAGAACUACAACUAUGCCGACAUUAAAUAAAAUAGUAUAUUACAUUAUAAGGGAAGUAAACAGGAUUUACUAUGUCGAGCGAGAGAUUUUCAAUCUCGCGAGACAGUGUUAAUCCGUUACUUCCCGCAUAAUGUAUAUUAUUUUUUUCCCGACCCAAUCACUAACCAACAAAUAAUUAAUUCAAUAUUGCCAAAAUGCAUAAUACUGAAUGAAAAUAGGUGGUCUCCUUUGUGUUGCUAAGGGUAUCAAUUAAAGAUAAUUUCAAAAACACAUUUUGUUCAUUUUUGUUACAAAAAAUCGUAAAAUUAAACGGUGUUGUUGUAUUGAGUCCUGUCAUUUCAUUUACUUCCCUAGCGAGGUAAGUAGCCCUAGGCCACCACAACACGGUUAGUAAUUUGAACUUACCUUCGUCAAAUGUGACUUGGUAAAAGCGACUUACGAGAAGGGUCGGGAAAAAAUAUUUUUAUUUAUGACGCUGAAGCAGAUUUCACUUAUCUCACUCAUCAAACUUGGUGAAUUACAUUAUCACACUAGUGGGGUAAUAUUAAAAAUAGUACCCACGUAAAAUAGUAUAUUAUUAGCCAAGAUUGCAAAGCCAAGCAUUCUAGAGCAAGCGCAAAUUAGAAGCAAGAGGUCUAGAAAUGGCUUUGCAACCGUGGUUAAUAUAGGUACUAUUUUUUUCACUAAUAGAAACCAUAAGACAAUAAAUUGAAAAAAUAAACGUUCAAUUUUUUGACGCAAUAUGAUUUUGUUUUGAUUUCUAAUCAAACUUAAUCUAAAUCUUCAACACAAAGAAAACCGUUUACACUUGUCGCUGAAUUAAUCAUUUUAUCUGCUGCCGUCUACCAACUACCAUGCGUAUACCUACUCAAGUAAUGUUAGUAGCACACAUUCAUUCAUUUUUUAAGAAAUAAUCACAUCAAAUAUUGCGUACAUAACCUCAAUCUUCUUUUUGAACCCGUGGUCGCAAAAGUUGAAUUUGCUACCUCUAAAUGAGUCGACAUUUGCAUGCUUCAUGGCUGCU